AUGAGUUGUGUGUAUGCGUUUGGGUCUAAUGGGCAAAGGCAACUGGGACUGGGGCACGAUGAGGAUAUGGAUACCCCACAGAGGUCUGUGCCAGGAGAUGAUGGAGCAAUAGUCAGGAAGAUAGCGUGCGGUGGGAACCACAGCGUGAUGCUGACAAAUGACGGGAAUCUGGUAGGAUGUGGAGAUAACAGACGGGGAGAACUGGAUAGUGCGCAAGCACUGCGGCAGGUGCAUGACUGGAGGCCCGUGGAAGUACCGGCACCCGUGGUGGAUGUGGCGUGCGGCUGGGACACGACAGUUAUUGUGGAUGCUGAUGGCCGUGUAUGGCAGAGAGGAGGCGGUUGCUACGAGUUCACUCAGCAACAUGUGCCAUUGAAUUCCAACGAUGAGCGCAUCGCAGUAUACGGAUGUUUCCAGAACUUUGUGGUGGUGCAAGGCACCCGAGUAUACGGCUGGGGCAGCAACACAAAGUGUCAAUUGCAAGAGCCCAAAUCCCGAUCACUGAAAGAGCCCGUAUUGGUGUACGAUACCGGGUCUGUGGCCGUAGACUACGUGGCCAUGGGCAAGGACUUCAUGGUCAUAGUGGACGAGGGCGGCCGCAUAGUGCACGCAUCCGGUCGCCUGCCCACUGGGUUCGAGCUCAAACAACAGCAAAAAAGACACAAUCUAGUGGUACUGUGCAUGUGGACCUCGAUCCACCUGUGGAAUGCGCGCCUCAAUACGGUAGAGUCGUUUGGUAGGGGCACACAUUCCCAACUCUUCCCGCAAGAGCGCCUAGACUUCCCUAUUGUCGGUGUUGCAACCGGGAGUGAGCACGGUAUUCUAACUACUGCUAAUCAAGAAGGCAAGUCUCACUGUUACAAUGUAUACUGCUGGGGCUGGGGAGAGCAUGGCAACUGCGGCCCGCAAAAGGGCUCCCAGCCUGGACUGCAGCUCGUGGGCCAAUACUCUGGAAAACCUCGCGUGUUUGGCGGAUGUGCCACCACGUGGAUCGUGCUCUAG